AUGGUCGCCGAACUGAAGCAAAGGACUACGACCGCUACUCGGGACGCGCCGGCCGCUCCUAAGGAGGAGUUUGCCGACGCCAACAUUCCCGAUGACUACGUUUCUCGUGUGCUCGCCACCGAGAAGCCUCUUCCUCCCAUCCAGCUCAAGAACAUUCUGAGCGAGAUUCAGUGGGUCUCUUUCUUGGCUCUUACAGUCACCCCUAUUCUCGCCAUCUACGGUCUCUUCACCACAAGCUGGAACACGAAAACAGCUUUGUGGUCUUUUAUUUACUACUUCAUGACCGGCCUCGGUAUCACUGCCGGCUACCAUCGACUUUGGGCUCACCGUUCCUACAACGCUACCUAUCCUCUUCAAUAUUUCCUAGCUUGCAUGGGCUCCGGCGCCGUGCAGGGUUCCAUUCACUGGUGGUCGCGUGGCCACCGUGCCCACCACCGCUACACCGACACCGACCUCGACCCUUAUGGAGCUCACUUUGGUCUCUUCUGGUCACACCUCGGCUGGAUGCUUGUCAAGCCUCGCCGCAAGCCCGGUGUUGCUGACAUCUCAGACUUGCGCAAGAACCCUGUGAUCAAGUUCCAGCACAAGUUCUACAUUCCCAUGCUCCUCUUCUUCGGCUUCGGUCUUCCCACCCUUGUCGCCGGCCUCGGCUGGAACGACUGGCGCGGAGGCUUCUUCUUCGCUGGCAUGCUCCGUCUCGUGUUUGUUCAUCACUCAACCUUCUGCGUUAACUCGCUCGCCCACUAUCUUGGCGAGGCUACGUUCGACAACAAGAUGACGCCUCGUGACCAUUUCUUCACUGCUCUGGUCACCGUCGGCGAGGGUUACCACAACUUCCACCACCAGUUCCCAAUGGACUAUCGCAAUGCUGUUCAGUGGUACCAGUUCGAUCCCACCAAGUGGUUUAUUGCCUCGAUGUAUAAACUCGGUCUCGCUACGCACCUCAAGACGUUCCCAGACAAUGAAGUCAAGAAAGGUCGUCUUGCGAUGCAACUCCAGAAAGCGCACGAGCUCGGUCAACAGCUUGAGUGGCCAAAGUCGUCGGCACACCUGCCUGUCAUUUCGUGGGACGACUUUGUUGAGGAGUCCAAGACCCGCCCUCUCAUGGUUGUCCACGGCUUCAUCCAUGACGUCUCUUCGUUCCUGGACGAGCACCCUGGUGGCCGCCAUCUCUUGACUGGCAAGAUCGGCAAGGAUGCUACCACUGCUUUCCUUGGCGGUGUCUACGAUCACUCGAACGCUGCGCACAAUCUGCUCUCGAUGAUGCGUGUAGGUGUUCUUGACGGUGGAUAUCAGCUCGCCAAGGACGAGCUCGCUAAGGCUGAGCGCGAAAACCGCGCCACGGGCGUCUCAUCUCACCGACCUGCCGGCUCCCCCCCUUCGCCCGUCACCUCGGACGACGAAGACUUUGCCGCCCCCGCCACACCAACCGACGACACUCCUAUGACGACCACCAGCACCGUCGCUGCCGCCUCUGAGCAGCUCAAGGCUCAGCAAUCGGCCGACAACGUCAAGUCGAUCAACGCCAAGGCUGCCGCGUACGUGACUCCUGGUGAGGCCUACACCAUCGUCAAGCGCGGUGAUCUCAGGGAGAACGCUAAGGUCGGCGGCACCAAGUUUGGCCGCUUCCUUUAA